GGGACAGGACCGGGCGCGCUGAAGAUUGGGGAGGGGCAGCAGAGGCGCCUGGAAGCGAUCGGGGGGGGGGAUCCCGCCGGCCGUCUUUUAUAGAGGGGUUCCCCCGGCUGGAGGGCUCGGCUUGGUGGGCAGGAGGCGCCAGGGCUUUUAAAAUUCUGAUUUCCCGCCUGCAACGCCGAAAACCCAUCCGUACGACAACCAUGCCGAUUCUAAGGAGCAGGUUGGGGUCCGCAGAGCACAAUAUUGCAAGCGAGCUUUCCAGCAUGCACGAAACAAUAUUUUCCAGUGAAAUACUGCCUUCUGACAUCAGUUCGACAGAGGCGGUUGUGAAAAAUGGGUAUCAAGACCCCCUGUACCUCAGUGCCGCCCAGAUUUUCCAGAGCGUCCGUAAUGAAAAACCUCACGAUAAAAUCCUGGUGAAAUACGGAACCGGGCCAUUGCCAUCUCUUCCGGAUUUCAAAGACGAAGAAUUCCAGCGAUUGUCCUAUGAACUGGCGUUCAGUGCUCUAAAAUAUCAAGACGUUUUGGAAUACGUGUUGAUAGACAGUGGUGUUUACCCCUUGCAAUCGAUAUCAGAUGACUUGACCAGCUUAGUCGUGGUGAUGCUGUAUGACCUUCAGGACCGGAAGUUUGAAGCUCGCUCGAUUCCCGAGGACGAAGAAACCGUAGCAGAAGUUCAAGAAGUGGAGCAUUAUCUAUGCAGUUUUAAGACCAAGCUGGCCGCUGCGUUGGCGAGAUGCCGAAUCAAACACGACGCUCUUACCAUCGAGCAUAUUCUACCAGAAACAAUUCGGAGACAAGAGCAGAGGGCUUCAACUUUGCCAAUCUACACCUGGGUGAACACCUUGAAAAUCAGCCUGGAAGAAGUUCACGGCUUCUUGCAGAAGGAAGGCUUCGUGAAAGUAGAGUCCAUCUCCAAUUUUGACGGUUACACAUAUUGCCAGGACAAACACUGCGAGGAUGGACUCAUUUUCCCGUCUUCCCUUAAAGAAAAGCUGCUGACUUCGGAACUCUACACCGAUCACAAGCUCCUCUUGCAAGAUAACUCCCGGAAUCUGGCGGUACAUUCGGUGAAAUCUCUACUGAAUAUGGACGACGAUGUUUUAAUUGCACAAAUGGGAUCCUGGCUCACUGUAGCCCACAUGUCGGUGCUGACCAAUCAGGAGACUUCCCGGGUGUUUGUAUGCGGAGUGAAGUCUGCAGCCCGAGAAGCUGAGUUGAAGGAUCUCUUUGCACGCAUGGAGUGUAAAAAUAUUGAGCUGCUUCACGAAGAGUUUGCCAACAUCGAUCCCACGUCUUCCAAGCUGCAGAAAGUGAAAGUGAUUUUGCUGCUGCCUCGCUGUUCGGGCCUGGGGGUCAGCAAUCCGAUCGAGUUUAUUUUAAAAGAGCACGAAGAUGCAGAGUUACUUCGAGAUCUGUCUCAAGGCUCGGUAGCCGAAGACAAGCUAAGCACCCUUGCUCAACAGCAGUUGAAAGAGCUGACCCACGCAAUGCAGUUUGUCAAAGUCCAAGCUCUGGUCUACUGCACCUGCUCGUUGUACCCCGAAGAAAACGAAGUCGUAGUGAACAAAGCCUUAGCAUCUGGAGCGGAAGGAGCAAAGGCCCAGCCGUACAAGCUUUGUCCACCCGUUCUUCCUUUGUGUUCCAAGUCGGAAGUCAACGUAUCUGAACAGAAGGUCUUCCGGAUGGAGCCCUCAGAUAUUUCAAAUAGCUGUUUUAUUGCUGUCUUAAGCCGAGAGCGCGACCCGUCCGAAUCGGUGACCGUGAAAGACGUUUUGGCCCGUGCCGCGGCGAAAGGCCUGCUGGACGGGAUCGACCUGGCGAAGCCGUCCAAGAGAGAAGAGAAAAAGAAGAAGAAACACCGAGCCGCCCAGUCGAAGAAUCCGAUCAAAGAGGCGGUGAUGCAAUCCCGGAUUCAGGAGUUCUUGGAGCGGGAGACGAAAUCCGGAACGACGGAGACCUCGUCUCCCGCAUCUAAGGUGGCUUCUAGUGGCUCUCAGGUGUUGAACCAAACCAAUGAGCCCGUAACGUUGAAGAAAACGACCAACCCUCUUUCGAACUCCUCUCUGCCCGUGAUGGCCAAGAACAACCUCACCGCCACCUCCACCAUGCAAAAAGUCUUGGAGAAACAGAGGAACGUCGGGAAGUCCAGGAACGAUGACCGAGUCAUGAUUCUGAAGCCUGUCGAGAUCGUCCUCCCUCCGGUGAUGAUGCCGUAUUUUAACCCGCAAGGGAGCAGAGCCCAGAUUUCAGCGAACCACUGUUACUAUCGUUGGAUCGGGGCAAAACACGGUUCGCUCAGCCCUUCGUCCUCCAAAAGGCUAAUUAAGUCCAAAGAGCCUCCCCUGCCUCCCGGGACCAAACAUUCUCGUCCGUGGCUUUGAAGUGUGGCGCCAUCUUGGUUUGUUUCGGGUUUUGUUUCCCCACCCCCACCCCUCCGCCCUCUCCCCCCGCCCGAAUUUGAGACCGAUGUUCGUUGAACCAUCAGCUCCCGAAUAUCGUUUGGGCCCAAAAGUGCUUUUGGAAAGAAAUUGAAACGCGGAUCUCUUUUGACGUUAUUGCCAACGAGCUGUUUUGCAAAGGUGUUUUUUUUAAAUGAUGAUGAUGAUGAUGAUGAUGGUCACCCUUGCAUUCAGCGUCCAAGGGGGGAAACAAACAAACCCACACCUAUGGAUUAUGCAGAUCAUUGGCGGGAACCUUAUAUAUAUAAAGUCUGAUGCGGGCGAAGAGCGAAUUAGUUGUUAAGCCACGGCGGACCUGAAUGGAUUUGAAGCGACUGAAUUUUUAAGGCGAAGCGUUCACACGCAAAUGAAAACCGGGAGGGUGGGGGGAUGGAAGCUUCAUAAAGAGAAAAGGCGAUCUCGUUUUUAUUUCCGAUAUAUUUCCGAUCAUUUUUUUCCCCUCGGGAAUUGGGAACGCGUUCCCCGUUUCUGAUUUUAGAAGACGCCCCCCCACACACAACUGGCCUUCGAAGUGAUCCUCGUAAUACACCCUGCUUGCUUAAAAGCCACCCUCUUAAGAAAGUACAGCACACGGAAAGUACAAAACUGGCUUCGAAAGAGAAAUCUGAAUUUUACAGCGAAGAAAGUUAAAAGAUUGGGGCAAGAGGCUUUUUUUUUUCUUUCCUUCGGCGUUUGGCGUCACGAUUUAACAUGCUUUCCUUUUGGCUUCCAGGCGAUACCAGACUUCAUUAGCAACUCAAUAUAAAUCACCAAGUUACUAUGCCGUGCGGUUAACUGGAAACAGAGCAUAUUAAACAAUU